CUGCACAAGCAUAYCCAUCAUGCUCUAUGGACAUAGCAUUUCUUCUCGACAGUUCCGGGAGUAUCAAAGRCGAUAAUUUCAAAAAACUGAAACAAUUUGUGAAAGACUCAGCCUCUUUCCUUGAAAUCCCUAGCAGAAGCCGAGGCGCWGUAGUAGUGUUCAACAGCAAUGCGUACSUUAGGAUCAACUUCAACGACACAAAAACCCUGGCAGACUUUCAUUCAAAAGUUGAAUCGAUAAAAUACUUAAGAGGAACAACGAGAAUUGACCUAGCACUAAGMRUAGCAGCUAAAGAUGUUUUUCCUCAAGCUCGACCAAAUGUUUUCAAAGUUGCAAUAGUUUUGACGGACGGAAAACAAGACCUCCAUGCUGAGCCUUUGAACAAGGCUUCCCAGCCUCUACGCGAUAUGGGCGUACGAGUAAUAGCCGUUGGGAUUGGAAAUGGAAUCGAUUCRAAUGAAUUGAAAGCGAUGACUCAAUUUCCAAGUGAUGUACGUUUCUUGUCGAACUUUGAUUUUUUGAAGACGGCCGCCCAGGGGAUUUCCCAGUACUUAUGCGACGUAUCAAAUACUUGA